UUUUAAAGUCUUCAUACCGCACUGCUAGCACUGGGAUUCUAUAUGCUGUGGAUGUUUAAUUUCCAACAUAGGAGUCAUCAUGUGGAGGAAGCAUCCUUUCUGCAUUAUAGCAUUUUUCUUCUUAUUUUAUCUACUCUACAUGGAAGCACAUGCUGAAUCCCGCCAUGAGGAAACCAACCAGACCUACAGCUCCAGAGGACUUCUGCAGACUCUUCACACUUUUUUGCCUGGGAAUGAAACAGAUCUUCGCAGGAACAGCUCAAAAGAGAUUUUAACAUUGUUGUUAGAGAAGGUGGAAUGUCCAAGCAAUUUAAAUGGAAGACAGCAAAGUUGUGAUCGGUGCCUUCAAGCUGAUACUCUUCUGUCCAUGGCUGGUAAGGGAAUCGGGAGUAAAUUGGAUGAUGAUACAAUGCAAAAGAUAUCAGUCAUACUACUGUUUUAUAUAUUAAACAAAAAGGACUUCUGCUCCUCAUCGUCCGAUGUGUUGAACAUGGACUAUUUAUUCUAUCGCAACAGUAUACUCAACCUAAGGAAAGAGGAAGACUGCCAUUAUUUGUCUAGCAAUGAAUUAGAGGACAUUCUACAGGAAACAAUGCGCUAUUUCCAGAUAUCUAAUGGACAAGGGUGUUCAGAUGUAGAUUCUCUGGAGAAGGACUUUGGGGUUCUGCACAGUAUUGAUGAAAUGAGUCUCCCCAGACUGUCUGAAGUGAUUCUCACGGCUUCCAUACAACACAUCUGCGUCAGAAGAGACACCUUACCCAGUGUGGACUUCUUUACCGAUUCCAUCUUCAAAUCCUUAAAUAAAACUAAUGAGCUGUAUGCUACAGAAAUAGAUGAACUUAUAGGAAGAUUGAAAUCAGCAAUGACCUGUAUCAAGACCGACCAUAACCACAGAAGGAAGCUGCGAAGUCUCGUAAUCCCAGGAACAAGCCAUGAACCAUUACCUGCUCCAGCGGUGGAAACUAAUGAAGAGCCUAAGGGAAGACAUAAUGAUGUUCCUGAGAGCCAGGGCCAUGCGGCAGGAUGGAGUAUGAGUCAUCGUUGCUUUUCUUCUUAUGAACUUGUGAAAAUUGUUCUACAAAAUAGCCGAUCUCCAGUUUCCUUGGAACAAUUUAAACAAAUUAGUCCGGCAAUAAUUCAUCAGCUUCUUUCUUGCACGUGCCCAGUGGAGGACUUUACAAGUACACAGCUUCCCCCUCCCACCACUCUUGAAAGGUAUGGAUACAGCACGAUUGCAGUUUUGCUUCUUACAAUCGGAUCCAUGUUCGGAGCGACUCUCAUAAUCUUCAGUUCUUGUGAGGAGAGCUAUAAACUCAUCUUACAGCUGUUUGUCGGACUGGCUGUAGGGACUCUCUCCGGAGAUGCCUUGCUGCACCUGAUCCCUCAGGUUUUGGGUAUUCAUGAAAAUAUUUCCCAUGAACAUCACGGACAAGAUGGGGAACUUUACUUAGAGGAGAAGCAAUAUUUGUGGAAAAUAUUGGCAAUGAUCGGAGGCAUCCAUGGGUUCUUCCUCAUCAACAAAAUUUCCUUCCUCAUUAUUUCGUCUACGAGACAGGGUCUGUCCCUAGUGAAUGGCCACCUGUCACAUUCCCACGACCUCCCACUGGAUUCCCAUUUGAAUGACCAGUCAAGGAAAGCCAAAUCUACAUCUACUAUUCAGCUGAGGAGCCCAGAAGACUGUGAACCUACAGAGGGCGCUAUAGCAGAUAUUGCUCCAGUCAACCUCAGAGUUCGAAAGAAACAUAACGGGAUAACCUUGCUAGCAAUAAUGAUCUUGGUUGGAGACAGUCUGCAUAACUUUGCCGAUGGCAUGGUGAUAGGAUCAGCAUUUUCAUCUUCAACUGAAACGGGCGUAGCGACAACUAUUGCUAUUCUAUGUCAUGAAAUCCCCCAUGAAAUGGGGGAUUUUGCGGUGUUACUGAAUACAGGACUUACAGCUAAAAUCGCCUUCCUCAUGAACUUCAUCAGUGCACUGACAGCCUUUGCGGGGCUGUACAUCGGCCUGUCAGUGUCAGCCAACCCAGAUGUACAGAUCUGGAUAUUUGCGAUCACUGCGGGGAUGUUCCUAUAUCUGUCACUAGUAGAAAUGUUACCUGAAAUGACUCAUAUUCAGACACAGAGACCUUGGCUGAUGUUUUUCCUGCAAAAUUUAGGACUGCUCCUGGGAUGGCUGUGCCUAUUACUACUAGCGAUAUAUGAACAUAAAAUUAAACUAUAACAUUACUGUCAGUAUUUUACUAUACUUGAUAUCUUUUCAUCCUGACUUUGUAGUGAGAUGUUCUGCAUACUGUAUGUGUUUAAGAAAAAGUCUGCUCUAUAAUGUUUAGUAUAUCUCCAGAUCUAUUGUCAUUAUUGUUUUCUUUCAAUAGAAAAUACAUGGAUUAAAUGGAUAAGUUAU